CCUUCAUCUCCAGGGGGUACUCCCUCAUUUAUUCCAAUAGUAAUGGCGAUGGAUGGGGCCGCGCUCAAGCAGCUCCAGGCGACAUGCUCGUCGCUUAAGGAGGAGAUGACGGCUCUGUAUGAGCAGCGAGGAGGGAGGAACUCAGACGAGGCGCGUCUGAAGCAGCGGCGGUGGCGUGUGCUGCUUCUCCUCAGCGCCAUGAAGAGCGGUCUUCGUGAUACAUUUUUGGAGGCGGAUUCUCGCCGUACUCGUGUCCAAGAGCAAAAGGACGUGGCGGAAGCGCAUCAGCUGCAGCUACAGAACCUACUCUACGAGAAAGAUCACCUACUACGCGAGAUCCGACGCUGUAGGGGCUUCAGCACCAAAGAGAUGGACAAGAUCGAGUUCGCGGACGGGCCGCUCCCCAUUAAAGUGGACCCGGACGUGCAUCGCCAGCAUCUGGACCAGCUCACACAAGAGCUACAUGCCCGUAAAAGGCUACAGACUGAGCUUAAGGAGCUUAAGCUGAAGAUCGCGAAGGUAGAGGACGCUACAGAGACCAAACAGGCCUUCUUGAACGCUCUACCCGACCAUUUAGCGGGUAUUGAAGCUGCUACCACUGGAUUACAGAAAUAUAUGGGAGAACCAGUCACUGCGCAACGUAACAGACACCAAGCAGCGGGGACAGAGCUGCCAACGCCACUGUAUGCUCUCUAUUGCGAACUGGAAGCCUAUCAAACUGCAAGUGGAGAAGCAGGCAAGCAGCUACAGUUGGAGAUCGUGGACUCUAUCGGUGUAAAGCACACUGGUGCGUACCGUAAGCGUGGAUUCCCUGCAGCUUUAGAGCGACAGGAGCAUACACCUGCUAAGAGACUGAAGGCUCCGUCCCGCUCACCGUCUGCUAGUGUCAAUACAGCAACUCCACCUCAGAGUCGUGCGCCGUCCCGUUCGCCGUCGAUAAAGCGUGGAACUGACACUUCAGCAGAACCAGAAAGCGGAGAAAUCGUGGCUACACACACAGCCGAGAAGCUCCUGGAGCUGCGUCCGCAUGAAGAGACGAAGGAAGAAACGGAAGUUAAGGAGCAGGACGAGAGCACUGAUGCUACAACUCCAGUUCAGAAUCUAUGGAAGCCUUACGCGAAGGCUCUGCAGUUGACAGUAUCUGUUUCAGCUCCUCUGGAUACUGACAAGAGCGGGAAUGCAACCAAGACCGUCUCGGGAUCGUUCACUGUGAUGUUCCAGUACUUCCCUGUGGCCAAAAUGGUCACUGCCGAGGUCGUCAAGACUGUUUCUGGUAGCUUGAACCACGGCAUUCAGCGUACUAUCCUGAUGAAUUUGUUCCCUGGUGACGAUGGCUUAACUGUGCCUCAACUGGUCGUCAACUACGCCUUUCAAGAAGACGUGGAGCAGAGCGAGGUGGAGUUCCCUGCGAACGCUACGUGUCGUCCGUACUAUUGGGCACAAUGGAUCUGUGGUCUGGACCCCAUGAAGCGUCCAGACUCUUCCGAUACAACUGAGAAGCCUCGUCGACCAGAGCCGUCAGUUCGUAACGUUAUGAACCAGUUGGUUAAACGUUUCGUAUCAACAGUGGUGUUGAAGAAGCAGUUGGAUCAGUUGACCAAGUCACGACCGGAAGAUGAAGGCUUGAGUUUUGUGCACCCAUUGGCGCGUCAUCUCUUCCCACAUGAAGUGAAGUCUCACCUUGAGGAGUGGAAGGAGAUCCCGACACCAGCUCAAGACAUGUUCCAUCUGUUCAGAGAGAGUGCAGCUCCAUCGACUCGUCCUCGUGCUCGGUUCCAUCUCGAAACCACAGGUUGUCGGUACUUCCGUGUUGGCUUUAAGAACGGUCAGGCAAAGGUGUCUGCUAUCGUCGAGAUCUCGCCAGAGUAUCCUGUACGCGCCCCACGAUUCCUCUUCCAACCUCGCUCGACAACGAGCAGUAAGGCGAUGGACAAGGAUCAACUUCCCGUUUACGAGAACCAACUGAAGGAAGUUGAGGUCGAGGUUAAUGCGUACUACGACGAGUUGAUCCCCAAGGGUAGCGAACAUUUCUUGCUGCUACACCAAUUCCGCAAGAUCGAAAUGUGCUUCGACGUGCUGUGCAAUGCCGCCGCUGACGGUGACGCCGAUGUGUCACUGUGCUUUGGUCGUGAACGUCGCGGCAAGGACCGUCGUCAAGCUAUGGUGAUGGACACUGCAGCCAAGGAGCUACGUCACAGAUAAGAACAAGACUUAACAACAGGAGUGGUUUGCAUAUAGUUUAUAUCAACGUUUAAGCAGCUGUUGUAGCCAAGUUGAAGAGCUACGACGACGUCUGCUUCUUCUUGGUGAGCUGCACAGUCUCGCGCUUAAGUACGUGCAGUAGAGUCUGCGAGCUCUCGAGGAUCUUCAUGUAGGCGGCCUCUGUCUCCUGGAUGGUGCGAUCGUACUCGUUACGCGCUUGUGUUUUCCUGGCCAGCGCUUCGUUGAUCUUGCUGAGUCUGUCGGUGAGGAUGGUCAGGUCUUUCUGGAUCUUGGCCUUCUCCUCCUCCUCCUUGAGCAUCGCACGAUUCACCUCCUCACGCUUCUCACGCAGAUCCUCAAUACACUUGACCAGCUCAUUGUUGUAGUUCUGCAGCGUUGCA